GUGUGGACGAUCACAUUUAUUUUACGUCUCCGUCUUUAUGACAAACGUUCUGGAAAUUAUUAGCGUGUCAGUAGUAAAAUGAGGAAUGCAAAUUUUUUGUAAAAUGUAGUAAAUUUAAAGCAGCUGUAUUAUGGGACUGUUUAUAGUAAUAUAUGUCGGGAGCAGAUUGUAGCAUUAGAUGGAAUUUAAUGUCUAAUUUUUUUUGUGCAGUUCCUUUAAUCUUAAAUAUUUACAUUAAAUUAAUGUAUGUUGGUGAAAUAACCUUAUUUGUAUGUUAUGAGAAUGUUUGACAAAGGUUGCUUAAUUAUAAUAAUAUGUAAUCAACAAAGGUUGGGUGUUUGUUUUUUUUUUAUUGUAGACUGACUUUGAGGGAGCUUCAGCUGUCUUAAAGGUUUCACCUGAAGAGCAAAAAGCAGAGUUCCAAAAGAACAUUUGCUUUUUUCUCGUAACCCCUGGAUUUUGUCGACUGCAGGAUUUAAUUUUUCUCGAGAUGCCUCGUGGCAGGUCUCAUCGUAGAUCUGAGGCAGCUCGUAGGCGACUUGAAGUCACCCGAACUGAGCGCAUAGGGAUACAGCAACCUUCUGUCGAUUUCGUGCCACUUGGUGGUACAGGAAAGAGACACAAAGUUAUGAAAUGGGAAGCCAGUUUGGUGACGCCUCACCAACACAAACUGGUUAUUCCUGAUGGGAGCCCUGAUAAGCAAUUCAUCCUGGUUAUCGGUGCCUCCCAUCUGCGGUCAUUUGCAGACGGCAUCGUUCGUAUGCCAGCCGGUCGCUUUGUUUUCGGAUUCAUGUCGACUCCGGGAGCAGCAGCAAAUGACCUUCGCCUAGAGGUACUUAAUGCUGAAGUAUCUCGGGAGCCUGAUGCAGUUUGCAUUCUGGCUCCGUCCAACGACCUUACAGCCAGCAACACGCCAGAACAAGCGGGACAAUCCUUUGAGAGGUACCUGAAGGCUGUUCUCAGUCGCUGGCCAAAGGCUUUCUGCAUUUCAAUGGUCCCGCGUCUAACGGAGUCUGGGGAGAAGGUGAACUUCUAUAAUCAAGAGUUCCACCGCAGGGCGAAACGUCUGGGUGUAAGUUUUACAUCCAUCGCUGAAUACUACCCCCGGAGCCGUCGCCAUCUGUGGUGCCGUGAUGGUAUCCACUUAAGUGAUGAUCACGGGAUGCCACUUCUCGCGGAGCUGAUUUGGAUGUCUUCCUAUCAGUUCCUGGAGACACCAGCACUGCCGCCACCAGUGCAAAGACAGGUGUCUCAUCCAUACACCCCGAGAUUUGUGCCCCGUUUGGUCUUGAAGGGUGUGGAACGUCCACCUCCUCCACCCCCUUCUGAGUGGACGUCUGUGAAAUCCGACAGGAAGAGGAAACACUCUGGUGAAUCUGAGUCGUCCUCGGCUUCACCCAGCAGCAGAGUGUUUCAUAAGCAGGCGGAUGGCACUUCUGUGGCUUUGAGGGAGUGCUUCAUCCCACUAAAUCCUGUGCGGUUUUCAGAAGAAAUGUUGGUUGCCAUGGAAAAAGUUUCUCCAUCGGCUCUUGGCGAUGUUCCCACAGGCAACGUGGUAAUUUUUAACAAACUAUUAACUAUCAGAUAA